UUAGCUUUUGCUUGCUGAGGUGCUUCUAAGUUCUAGCGGGCUAGUCAAAAAGCUAAAGCAAAAGGUGUUUGCUUUCUUACAAAAGAUGCCAUUAACACGUUUUCGAGUGAACUUUCCCAUCUUUAUUGAAGCCUACCGAACUAAUACUGCAAUUCAUCUCUUCAUAUUCACUCCGGUAAUUGACAGAAACAGAGCAAAGGUUUGGGACUGUGGUUGGCUGAACGUGCGUCAAGCUGGGCUUAGAGAAAUAGAGAUAAUGGAGGUGAUGAGUAGGGAGGCCAAACGAGAAAAAGUACGUCUUGUGUUGCCUCCGAAGCUGGGACCAGUGGAACCUAGGGUAUAUAAAACAGUGUCCUUGAAAGAGUUGAUGCUGUUGGGUUUUAUAUCGCUGCUUCUGACGGUUACACAGAAUGGGAUUACCGAAAUCCGCGUGCCGGCUGGUUUGACCCGCCACAUGCUUCCUUGUAACCCGGAUAGAGGAGAAGGCGAAGAAUCAAUUACAUCCACAUCCCAUUUUCAGAGCUUCUUCUCUUUUCCUGGCAUUUCUGGAACUGCUCGUCGUCUUCUAGCUGGGGCGUCGUCAUCUAGGAGCUAUUGUGUUCGUAAGAACAAGGUUCCGUUAUUAUCUGUGGAAGCCAUUCACCACCUGCGUAUCUUUAUAUUUGUUCUAGCUUUAGUCCAUGUAACCUAUUGUGUCCUGACUGUUUUCUUCGGAGGAUUGAAAAUACGUCAGUGGAAGCACUGGGAGGAUUCAAUUGCUAAAGACAACUAUGAAACACAGAAAGAUCACUCAUGUUCACCAGCAUGAUUUUAUUGAGGGUCGUUUUCUGGGUUUCGGUAAAGACUCUGCUCUGAUGGGUUGGUUGGUAAGUUUUUCAUAAGCUAAUCAGGAUCUGAAACCUAGAAUUGAUGACGACAUAUUCAUAUCACUCAUGCUAAAACUACUCCUGAACCCCUUAUUUGAAGAUUUAGGCAUGUUCUAUAUAGUGCAUGCUGACACAUAAUCUAUGUUUCUUCGGUGUUUUCUUGCUUUUCCUUGUCCAAUAAAGCUUGAUGUUGAGCCAUUUCUGCUGAGUCUUUGUCCUUCUUGUGUACGCCUUAGUUGAUAUCACAAGGGACCAUGACCUUCUAAAGGAGUGGAAUCAGAAUGUAGUAUAAAAUUUUAAUUGUGUCAAUUCAAAGAAUACAAGUCAAUUCACAAAACCACAUGUUAAUUGUGUCACAUAAAUUAAGCUUCCAUUACAAAGCAUGAAUAAAACGUAAAAUGAAAAGAAAAAUAAAUUACUUGGACUUGGAAUCAGGCACAACAAAUUUUGCCACGUGUUCAGCUUCAAUGAGAGCCGUCCUGGAUCUCAACACUUGAUCUUUAGUGGGUGAAAUUCUUUGUACGAGACUUCGAAACGCUUUUCCAAAAUUCGAUUUUUGAUCACGAACAUCUAAUGGAUCCACACCAUAGAAUUUGGUCAUAUCAACUUGAUUGUACCCUACUUUGUGAAAGUACAUGAUUUUUACGAGUUCCUCGAGGCACCUUAUGGAACUAGCGUAGUGUUCGGAGAAGAUGAUGAUUGAAAAUGCAGAUCCUUCAAUCAUAUUUUGCAGCGGUUCAAUUGAGAUUUCAUUUUCACUGUUAAGCUCAUCAGUAUCGUCUUCGACAACGAAAAUUCCAGCAUUCCUUACAGAUGAAUAGAGACAGGAAGGGAAAGAUUCUUGGGUGUCUUCACCUCGUGAAACUCAUGAACACUUGUUCAUGUUUAUUGCCUAAGCCUUCAAUUACACAAACACAUCA